AUGCUGCUAAUCUGGGUGAUCUUCCCUGGCCUGUUCUUACCUCUAAUCACUAUCGUAUACUCAUACUCCAACGAUGCUCAUGAUGAUCAAAUACCUCUCAUCGGUGCUGAGACACUCCCGCAAUUGGACUUAUUGCAAACUUCCAUCAGGGAGAUACAGGAAUUAUUGAGCGAUGGACGGUUGACGAGUGUUCAGCUUGUGGAAACGUAUUUGGCCAGAAUUGAGAGGGAUAAUCACCAAGGUCUGAAUCUGAAAGCUGUCAUUCAAUCUGCACCUAGACAAUCAGCCCUGGAGAUAGCUUUCCAGCUGGACGAAGAGCGAUCGAAAGGUAGGAUAAGAAGUGAAUUACAUGGUAUACCAAUAUUAGUCAAGGAUAACAUCGCUACGGAUCUUGGAUUGGGUAUGAGGACUACAGCAGGUAGUCUAGGAUUGAAAGGCUCGAUCGUACGUAAGGACGCAUUCGUCAUUGAGAAUUUACGAAAAGCAGGAGCGAUAUUAAUUGCCAAGACCAAUCUCAACGAGUUAGCAGGCUGGAAAGGUAUUCUCAAAGGAUUCCUUCCCAUAACAUCCCGCGACGAUAGCCCGAAAGCCAAUGUGACAUUUAGAGGACCGACGAACGGCUGGUCAGCUGUAGGAGGUCAGUGCAGUUCGGCCUACGUCGAGGGAGGGUUUGACCAAGGCGGAGAUCCAAUGGGAAGUAGCUCUGGUUCUGCUGUAGGUCUAAGUGUGGGUUGGGGUGCGGCUGCUGUGGGUACUGAUACGCUUGGAAGUGUUCUUGGUCCAGCGAGUAGAGCGGCUUUGUACGCUAUUAGACCUACGUUGGGAAGAGUAUCUAGGAAAGGUGUCGUACCAGUCAGUCUUGAUCACGAUACUAUCGGUCCAAUGGGAUUCACGACAUGGGACGUAGCUUUGAUGUUAGAAAUCAUGAGUGGAGAGGAUCAGGAUGAUCAGUCGACGCACGAUAUACCUCCUUUAUCAAAUCUUACAUCAAUCGUAUCAUCUCCUCCAAACCUUUCAGAGUUCACCAUCGGUAUACCAACAAGGUACUUCUCCGACGAACCAUUCUUUGAAAUCCCAUCAGGUCGUCCAUCAGAAUCUGAAAUCAAGUUCAGCGAAACCCUCCAUCAUCUCCAGACAAAUUACGGACUGAAUCUCAAGUGGAACAAGAAUAUCAAUUUGAGUUCUCAUAAGGAUAUUCAGCGAUUUCUGGAAGUAUUGACGGAUAAGAUCAAUAUUGAUUUUCGAGCUGAUAUGGAUGAUUAUCUGACUAAUGAUCUGGAGGAAAGUAAAGUCAGGAAUAUGUUGGAGUUGGCAAUGUUUAAUGAUAAAUAUUCUUCUGAAGAAUUACCACCAAACGGAUGUUGUCAAGAGCGAAUCCUCACCUCUCUCACUUCCUCACCAAGGAACUCAACCGAGCAUCAACAACUCAGAAGUGAAUUGAAAGUAUUAGCCGAUGAGAGAAGUUUAGGUCAUAUAUUUGAUGCUAUCGCUUUGGAUUUCGAGUUGGGCGCUCCCGGAUAUUGGGUAGGAGCGGCUGUUUAUCCAGCUGGUGUCGUGCCUUUAGGAUACUGUUCCAAUAGUCUACCAUACGGUUUGAUGUUUGUCACUCGAAAGUAUGACGAACAAAGAUUGAUUGGUCUAAUGGCGGCAUACGAAAAGGUCAUGCCCAAGAGGCGAGUUCCUAAGCCAUAUCAAGAGCGUUAUUGGAGUUGA